AAUACCUUAUCAAAUACAGAAGAGAAAUGUUCUCACUUACGGGAAGUGUAUGAUAAUAGAGAAAAAGAACUCAGGUUAUUAACUGAAAAAAAUGAUAAGAACCAUAAGGAAAUUAUUGAUUUGAACAAGAAAUUGCAGGAAGCUGAAGAGAAACAUGAAGAAGCCAAUCUUAAAUUAGAACAUGAAAAACAACUUCUUGAACAACAGCUGGAAGAAAAGAAAAAAGAGAGUGAAAUAUUAUCUGCUAAGAUUGAAAGCAUUCAAGCUGAUUGUGAUUUUACAAAACAGCAAUUGGUUGUGAUGAAAGCUCGUUUUGAACAAAUGAAAAAAGAACACAAUUUGGAUGAAAAUGUAGACAGUAAUGGAAUAUCAAUAAUCACACAAGAUGUUAUUUUACCAAAUGAUGAUGAUGAAAUUGGGAAGCUUAAAG